AUGAAGUAUUUUCGUUAUGAGGAUAGAGUGCCUGAUUUACUGAUGGAUAUUGCAGCUGCCGAAAGGAUUCCAUAUUGGAGGAUACUGCGUUUCAUAUCUAUGGAUAAAAACGCAGUUCAAUUCAUUAGAAAAUUAAACAAACACAGUCUGAAAACAAUGACAUAUGCGAUGGGAAUUAAUUUCACUGGAUGUAUAUAUAAUCUGACUGUUUUCGGAGUCACAAGAUCUACUAUACACCAUGAUCGUUCUGGGGUAAUUUUAUGGGCCGUAAGUCAAUAUACGAGGACAUCUUCAGGAUAUAAACACCAAAACACAUAUUCACUCAAUAUUUUACGUUUCCUCACUCGUUUGGUGUCAAUACAGGUACCACAUCUUCACAAACUUGUGUGUUUUUGA